CUAUUUCUGCGCAUAUAUUCUCUCUCACAAACUUCCAUAUCAGCGUACUCAAAGUCUUUCUCUCUCUCUCUCCUCACACUUUCUCUCUCCCGGACAAGCCAUUCAAACGUAGACCUGCAGACUGAUCCAAACAAUUUCCAUUCACUUUUUCAGCUCACAACACAUACGAAUACCAAAAAGAUCAGCUAAAACUGCACCUCUGUUUCUGUUUCUGUUACACAUAAUCUAAGGUUUUUAACUAUGACGAGGGUAAGCCGAGAUUUUGGCAAUACAAUGCAACAAGAUGCAGUGCCACCUGUUUCAGCUGAUGUGAUUUUCCAUUCGAGCCGGUUUCCAAGUUACAAAAUUGGAGCCAAUAGUCAGACGAUGGAGUUGAAGGAGGAUCCUAAAGUACUCUCAAUGAAAGAGGUGGUUGCUCGAGAGACUGCUCAGUUGCUUGACCAGGAAAGCCGACUCUCAGUUCGUGAUCUGGCCAGCAAAUUUGAGAAGGGUCUGGCUGCUGCUGCCAAAUUGUCUGAUGAGGCAAGACUCAAAGGAGCAGCUUCACUUGAGAAACAUGUUCUUUUAAAGAAGCUCAGAGAUGCACUUGAAGCUUUGAGAGGGCGUGUGGCAGGUAGAAACAAGGAUGACGUUGAAGAAGCUAUUUCAAUGGUUGAAGCUUUGGCAUUUCAAUUAACUGAGAGAGAAGGAGAAUUGAUUCAAGAAAAGUCAGAAGUAAAAAAGCUCGCAAGUUUUCUUAAGCAGGCUUCAGAAGAUGCUAAAAAACUUGUUGAUGAAGAAAGAGCUUUUGCUAGGGCUGAAAUUGAGAAUGCAAGAGCAGCGGUUCAAAGGGUUGAAGAAGCACUUCAAGAGUUUGAACAAAUAUCCCGAGCCUCGGGAAAACAGGAUUUGGAAGAAUUGAUGAAGGAAGUUCAAGAGGCUAGGCGUAUCAAAAUGCUGCAUCAGCCUAGCAAGGUGAUGGAUAUGGAACAUGAGCUUCAAGCAUUGAGAGCUCAGCUUGCAGAGAAGUCCAAGCAUUCGCUACAGCUUCAGAAAGAGUUGGCAAUGAGAAAGAGGGGUGAGGAGAACAGUCAAAACCUAUAUGAAAUAGACGGAACUGAAGCACUGGGUUCAUAUUUACAAAUUCAGCCCUGUUCAAGUGUAGCUCCAGAGGUUUCAGAAUUUUCAAUUCAGUGGUAUCGCUUAGCAUGUGAAGGGGGCAAAAAGGAGCCUAUUUCAGGGGCUACCAAACCUAUUUAUGCACCAGAGCCAUAUGAUGUUGGACGGGUAUUGCAAGCUGAUAUGACACUGGACGACCAAAUAUUAACUGUGUCAACCACUGGUCCUAUUGAUCCAGCUGCUGGACUGGGAAACUAUGUUGAAGCAUUGGUGCGAAGGCAUGAAACUGAGUUCAAUGUAGUUAUUGUCCAAAUGAAUGGUGUGGAUCAACCUUCACAGUCUAUCCAUGUAUUCCACAUUGGGAAGAUGAGAAUAAAACUUUGUAAAGGGAAGACAACUGUGGCAAAAGAGUACUAUUCCACUUCAAUGCAGCUUUGUGGAGUUAGAGGUGGUGGGAAUGCUGCUGCUCAGGCAGCAUUUUGGCAGGCAAAGACAGGUGUUUCCUUUGUGUUAGUGUUUGAGACAGAGCGUGAACGAAACGCAGCUAUUAUGCUGGCCAGACGAUUUGCAUAUGAUUGUAAUAUCAUGCUCGCAGGGCCUGAUGAUAGAGCUGCUCAUUAAACUCGAGAGCCGAGACCUUUCUCAGAAUGUGUAAUUAUACUGAUUGUCUAAUAUAUGGUGUAUCUAUAGGCUUGUAGUGAGCAUAUUAGACUAUGAUCAUGAUGUGGGUUUUCUCUGCCCUGCUGGUUUUGUUUCAUUUUCAAUCAUCUCAGGCAUUCUUUUAUUUGCCUCGAUUCAUUUUGUAAUGUUUUUUUUUGGUGGCCUUUUCAUCCUCUCAAGUCCAGUCAAGUGAAUGUAAUGACUAUAAAUGGGUUGAAAACCUGUUUUGUAGUUUGGUAUUUCUUUGUAACAGUGGGGUUAAUAUGAGAAUUUUAGUCUAUGAAAUUUUAUAUUUGCAUCACUUUA